AAUCUAAACCAUUGAAAAAUAAGGACAUUCUUUUUAUCUUAUUUGUAAAAUAUAAAUAUACGUGACGUGCAAUAAAAAAUUUAUUUACUAUUGUAGAAGAAAAGACUUUGGGAAUCUCUCUAUAUUGAGCGAGUUGGUAAUUUAUUAUUUUCUACAAAGUUUCUCAAAGUGGAACAUCAUGUCAACAUUGGAGGAUAAAAUUUUGGGAGAAAAAUUACAUUAUUACUGCAGCAGUUCCAGUGAAGAUGAGGGAAAUGAUUCUGGAGAUUCUGAUAAAGAAUGUAAUGAUAUCAAAUAUAUUGAUGAUACUGCACAAUAUAUUAUACCUUCAUAUUCGAAAUGGGAUGGAACUUCCAGUAACACAGGACCUAAAGGUGUUAUAAAGGAUUGGCAACGAUAUAAGCAGUUAGAAGCAGAAAAACGAGAAUCACAAGAGAAAGAAAAACUACAGUUGAUUAACAAACUAAGUUUAACAUGCCGCAGUGCUUUAGAUGAAGAAAAGGAAAAAUUGAAUGAGACAGAUCCAGAGUUGGCAAAUUUAUUAACUGAUGAAUUUCUUCUAGAAUAUCAAAGACAAAGAAUGAAAGAAAUGCUUACAAAAACAGAAAAACUUUGUUUUGGGAAAGUUAUCAAUUUGGAGAACACAGAUCAGUUUCUACAAGCCAUUGAUGAAGAAGAUAAAUCAGUAAUUGUUAUCGUUCACAUUUAUGAAGAUAAUGUAUCUGGUUGUGAAGCCAUGAAUGGAUGUUUGAUAUCUCUUGCAGAAGAACAUCCUUACGUCAAAUUUUGUAAAAUUUUAGGCUCAGUUGCAGGUCUCAGUAAACAAUUCAAGAAAUUUGGUAUACCAACAUUGUUGGUAUAUAAAAAUGGACAAGUAAUUGGAAACUUUGUUCAUGUUACGGAUCAUCUGGGAGUGGAUUUUUAUUCAUCGGACGUAGAAGCAUUUCUAAUCGAACAUGGAAUUCUCGCUGAUAAAAAUUGCAUACCACUUAUUGUUAUGAAGAAUGAAAAUAGAGUUUCCGAUAGCGAAUAAAAAUUAUUCUCUUUAAGAUAAUCCAUUAAUACAUUUUAAUAAAUCAAAAUAAUGUAAUA